AUCCCAACCGGGCUUGCAUAUUAAAGAGUAGCUUCGUCUAGCACAAGUGCGUUUCUUUGAAUUGACAAUGUUCUAUUUAUCCUGCUCUCAUCCGUAGGAACGCCAUAAUCUGGUUCCCUUGCAAUCAUGAGGGUGGAAGCUAUGGGCUCUAUCUUAUUUCCAGUACCUUCCAGAAGUCACUGGAUCACUGACACAGUAACCUCAAAACGGGAACUUUGUAUCUUGCUGUAGGUCGUACAUGCAUUGCCUGAUCCUUGCUCCGAUUCACCUUUCGAUUCGUUCUCUCCCCAAUCUGUCACGUUGGGUCACAUGCACGUGUAUGUGACCCCGCGUGACGCCGGAGGCGCGACUGCUCAGCGAUGGCUUGCAUAUCCUGGUUUCACUUGGCAGUUGCGUUUCCAAAGUGUCACGAGUUUCGAUGGCUGGAAAGCGUUCUCCGACCUCAUGCCGGUUGAAGUACGCAAGCUCGAGAGACAAGCUGCCGCACCUGAUACUCCCACGAUCUGAUGGUGAUUAGCCUUGUCGAUGGGGUCGGACGUCGAGGCUCUUGGCAAUCGAUUCUGCCUGUUUCCCUUACUUCCCAGUAUUCCACUCAGGAUCUCUUGCCCUCCGCCCCUUUCCCUGCUGUAUAGUUCCCCAGCCGGCACGUCGGCAUCCUCCCCUCGCGCCACGCGGUCUCCCCAUGGGCCAGCCCUUCCUUCCGGCUUUCCCGCCUCAACUCCGAGACCACCCGAGGUCUUUCCAUUCUGGGAACUGCCCCUGGCGUUCCCCGAUUUUCUCGGGGUACGCCCCGCUUCCCCGCCUCCCUUCCCUUUUGGGCCACGCGCGCGUGCACGUGCUCACACUUGACGCCCUGGCGCGUCGUCGUUUGUUGUCUUCCCACAGCUUGUACUCACGCCGCUUCUUUCUUACUUCCUUGCCUUCUGCUCUUUCUGAGGCUCUUCUGGUUCUUCAUAUGGGUACUAGGUCCAAGUCACGCAAGGGUCUAUCGUCGUCGGUGCGGGUCCGGGCUCCCAAUGGCUUUGGGCGGGUAGUACAGGAAGUCCGCCUCAACACACAGAUGGCUCAGCGAAGGGAGGAGAUCGCCAAAAAGCGACACCAUCAAGUACUAAUCCUCAUAAGGCCUGACCUUCGAGGAACGCGAGGUUUUCUUCAACGACGACGCUACCGGUGCUACACCUAUGGACGUGGACGAAGACCUUGCGUUCGACCAUCUUCCUCCGGGUGAGGAGGGUUUCUUUGCCAGUAACGCUGGAGGGGAGGAGGAGCUUUGCCGUACUUUCUUCUUAUCCAAUAAUGACAGCAGGAAGCGUAAGGACGUUCGUACGCGGCGCGAUCGCCGCUUGCUACAGAACAAAGAAUGGGCCGAGCAGAUGUUGUCUCUGGUCGAUGCUUUUCUUGACUGGCAGAUGUCUCGCUCAACGGAGGUUCACGAUACCGCGCAGUUCGACGACUGGGAGGUCACCACGGUCGAUUUCUUUAGUAAGCAGUAUAGUCUAUGUCGUCGUUGCUUAUCUGAAGCAUUGAUAGGUAGAAGUCGCCGCCGCUUCAAUAGUGGUCCAUCGGUUGACCGCGCCAAUGUGGUCCUUAUUCGAAACGGCUACAUCGGCAGUGCCCCCCGUAGUCCGACGGUGGCUAUUGGCCUCCAAGUACUUGAGGCCUAUCACGAAAUGCAUGCGGCAUGCCCUCGCUUUAGUAUACAAGCACAAGUGCGUGCCCUUUGUCGUCUUCACAAGGUUCAUUAUAUGAAGUACUUAGCGUCACAGUUCCGUAUCGCUUACGACGUCUACCUCGCGAUUCGGCGCUGCAUUGACGUUCGUGCCAACGCCGCGUUACACCGUGACAUACCAAAUUGGCGCAUGAAGAAUGCAUGCGCGGCGUGUCUGUACGCACUCGAGAAUGAGGAUCCUCUAACAUAUGCCCUACAGGUUUCAAUGGAUGGGAACCAGUCCUUGAAGCUCGUCGAUGACCACUUCCGGAGGGGGCCAUCACUUGCGGACACUCGGAGUGGUAUCUCAGACAUCUGGCUCAACCCUGAAGAAGUAGAUAUCUUCAAGAAUGAAGUGGGAAAACCACAACAGAGCCAACGCAACACAGGCGAUGCCCACGAUAUCGACGAUGAUAUCGACUGGGUCAAUAUUGCCGACCACACCGAUUCCGCCGAUGUGACACUAUCAACAGACGAAUGUGUCAAACGUUGGCGUAAUGCGGGACCGGAGGCUCGCAAGAAGAUGUUUGCCCUGUUCGCAGUAACGGGCGUUUUUGUAUGCCUCUGUCGCCAUGGGCAGCUCCUUGCAAUAUGCGACAUGAUCAGGAGCGGUGAACUGAUGAAGUACCCGCUUGCCAUUGUUGACAAGCUCAUGCGAGUACUUGGAGUUACAGUCCAGGUCGCAUACGACAUCGCGUGCGCGUUCAUGAAAAUACUCGAACGCAGUUCAUUGGGUGAUCGAGUACAACAACAGGGGCUCCGUGGUAUCGUUCCGGCCUUUCACGGACAUGCGCACAAUCGUCUUUGUCAGGUAGAUUGGCAUCCGCUUUAUGUUGCUGGAUCAGGAAAGGAGGAUUUCGAAGGUUGCGAACGAGUCUUUUCCCAGUCGAACGCAUUAGCUUCGACAACGCGUUUCUCCUCACCUUUCCAUCGCCACCAAGCCAUCGACGAGUUCUUCAAAUCUUGGGCCUUUGUGAAGCAUGCAGAGCUAGCUAAUUUCAUCCACAACAACUAUCGACAAGCCCUCAAGAUCGUUGCAGAAGAUUCGGCUACUUUGCGGGAGCUGUGCACGCGACUGAAACUCAAUGACGAAGACUUUGAACAAUAUCUGCAAGAAGAACGAGCUUACCUGAAGAACUUGGUGGCGGAAAGUCCAGAAGUAGCCUUCACAGUGGAGUAUAUGGAGGCACUAUUGCGGCUUGAUGGUGCAUUUGCCGAGUCUGAGCAUGCAAAGCGCGAGUACCAGAACCUCGAUGCAAGGAUCAUCCGUGAGGGUCUUCGUGGAAGGGCUAUCACCAACAUCAAGACCCGCUAUGUGACCACCUACACGCGCUAUGUCGACCUUCACGAGCACGUUCGUCGGAUUGAAGAAGUGCAUGGAAUUGUUAGGCGUUGGACGAAGGACUCGGAAGAGUACAAGAACGGUUUGGUGGUUCUAACGGAGAGAAAAUAUAGAAAUGCGAUUGACACGUUGGAACGACUACUUCUCCAACGUCUGCUGGAGUUAACAAAGCUCAGUAUGAGCGGCACAGGCUAUAAGAUGCGCGAGAAGAUCACAAAGGCGUUGAAGACUCGGGCGACCGCGAUCAAAAAGGCUCUUGAAGAAUACAAUCGACGCGCUGCAGAACUUAACCCACCCCGACCUUCGCUUUCGUGGUCCGACGUCGUGGAUAUGGUGUCCGUUGCAGAGUUUGAUCUCCUUCGUGACGCUCGUCAAGACGUACGUCUGCUGGCUUGGGCUCAGCCUGCUCAACGGCGAGCAAUGAAUUUAUACUUCAACAUCAAACGAGCAGAGGAAGAAAUCAAACGCCUCAAUGUCGAGAUUCGCCGACUGCUGACGCACAUGGUUGAUGAACAUGUGGACUACUAUCGAACGAUACGAGACAACAUGGUACCUAAUCCCCCACUAGCCUACGAGCUCUCUCUCAGGUGGCGGUACUCAAAUGCUGUGAAUACUGAGCUUGCCUACCGUCUUCAGCAGACAUCAGAACUUCCAGGAUUCACUGGUACUCUUCGGACGGGACACCGAGUCGGUCGCAGUCCCAUAUUGGCAGAUGGAAUUCUGCUGCCGCCGUGGGUUUCAUUACAAACUCAACCUACAGAAGGCUUCGAUGCUUCUGGUAAUGAACUGGAGGAUGACGAGGAGCUCGGAAUGGAAGGGGUUGGGAAUGAAGACGAAGCAAACGUGCUCAUCGACUAUAUAGACAGACUCGGCCUACAUAGCGAAUAGAGACUGUCUGAAGAAUACAUGUCUGAUUCUUUCUUUCUCAGAUCUU